GGAAAGUAACAUGAGAAGAAGAAGCAGCGGCAGCAGCAGCGCCAGCUGGAGAAACUCGACAGAUAAAAGGCGCAGUGAGAUUGCGCGUUUUGAUGAAUUCGGCUUUGCUUGCACCAACAGAAGGGAGCAAAAGCUUCACCACAGAUGUCACGAUUACAGCUACCCCCAGCUGAGCGUGGUGAAGGUGAAGGAGCUGUGUGAACUGCUCAGCUACUGGAAUGGAGCCAGCUUCAUCUGCAAGAGUCAGAUCGAACGCUUUAUCCGGAUGGGCAUUCCUCCAAGUUUGCGGGGCAGAGUAUGGAAGUGCCUUCUGAACGUUGACGGUGUGAGAGAAUGUAGUGACUUCAACUAUCAGACAUGUUUGUCAGAAGUGCGAGGGCCCCUUGUGGAUUUGGGUGUCAGUGAAUAUGGCAUUUUGUCUGCGAUCGCCACCCUGAGCGACACUCAGAAUGAUCUGGGUUUGAACCAACGACAGCUCUCGGGCUCGAAUGAGAAUUGCUAUUCUAUCGAUGAAAUAACUCUGUUCAGACAGAUCGCCCUUGACCUACAGCGAUCCUUUCCAACCCACCGGUCCCUGAUGGGACAGAGCUCAGAGGCCAUUGAGGGUCAGGCUAAACUCUUCAGGGUCCUCGUUGCUUAUGCAAAAUACAAUCCACAAGUUGGUUACAGCCAAGGAAUGUCUUACAUAGCUGCUGUGCUGCUGAUGCAUUUGGAAGAGGAGGAGGCUUUCUGGGCACUGACAGCCUUGUUGGAUAAAUCCAAAUAUCUGGCUGAACUGUUUGACCUCAGUCUCACAAAAGUCCAACAUCAGGUGAAGGUCUUUGAUCAGUUCCUCAAACACCGGAAGGCUCGUCUCUCCAAGCACUUGGACUCGGCGGGAGUCUUGUUAGUCCAUUUUGUGAUGCCAUGGUUUCUCACCCUCUUCACUUCCCUACCCUGCUGGGACUCUGUUCUCGCUGUCUGGGACCUCAUCAUUUUACAAGGCCUGCAAGCUGUGUUCCGAACUGCUCUGACCAUCAUCGAACUUCUGGAGCCUCGAUUGAUGGAGCUGAAUGAUGAAGGAACAAUGUUACCCCUGCUAUUAAGAGUACCAGUGGAUAUGGCCCAUUAUACUGUAUUGGCUUCUGCAUUGUGGAAAACUGAGGUCCAAGACUGGGAGCUUAAAUGCAUGAAUAGCCUGGUGCUGGAUGAGAGCCACCAUGAACCCAAAACAGAAAAGUUGGAAAACCCACAUAACAUGUCCAACGAAGUCGGAACAGGAAACGAGACACGACAUAUUUUAAAAUCUGGAGGCAAGAAGACUUCUGAAAAAGACACUGUUCCACGGGGUGUGAGCUUACUGACCCGUGUGAUGCGCGUGGCGCACCGGUACCUUCUCAGCCCUUUGGGUCGACAUGGAGUUGAGGAGAAAUGUUCACAAACACUGGCUGUGCCGAGACACCGGAGUCCUGGGCGCGUAUUCCGGAGUCGAGCCUCAGCUUCAUUUACACAAGCUCAGGUGAGAUUGAAAAGACAGAGCAAGCAGAAAAGUAGUAUCCACCAGCCUGAAGGACACGGGAGUGGUGGAGAGGUGGCUGUAGCCCCUGUUACUGGGAAUAAACUUGCUGGCUGUGGGAAAAGUGAAAGAUGUCAACAAACCUUUGAGAGAUCUGGUACAGGGUCUGUUGGCAAAGUGGCUCAUCGUCGUAGCAAUCACAGCAUCUGUAAUCAUGCCAGAGCAAAACCUUGUCAUCUUCCUCAAAAUGAGAAGAGCUCAGUGGACCAGAAUCCGAGCUCCAGUGCGAUUCUCUCCUCCACCCUGCCUCCGUCUUCCUCCCUCUCUCCCUCAAUUCCACAGUCCACCAGUGCUUCUCACAGUGCAGAACCCCAUGAAACAUUCAAUGACGCUCUCAUCAGAGAAUUGUCGUCCAGACAUCAGACCGGUUUGCCCUUCCUGAACGCCAGAGAAUCAAAGCUGAUUUAAAACCAAGAACAGGAGAACAUGAAAGUACUAACCAGGAUUUAUAGAACUGUUGAGCUGUAAAUCUGUUGAUUGUUUAAAACUUUCUUCUCCAGGAAUUUGUCACUUUGAUAACCAUUCAUCGUUUCAUGUUUGUCUUU